AUGUCUCUCUCCCCCGCAAUUCGAAUCGCCAGGACCGCCGCACAGCGGUCGACGUCUCUCUUGAAAGCCAUUCAAUUUGGCCACCCUCCUAAUUGCCCGUGCCAUUCGAAUCCAAACUUCCAUCAUGCCCCCUCUGCUUUCGGCGAGGCCAGGAGACGGCUCGCAACACCGAUCGAUCACUCCCGGUCCAAAGACUAUGCGUUCGAAAUGGCUGCUAGCUCAAUCAGAUUUGGGCCUGGUUGCACAAAAGAGGUUGGAAUGGACAUGAAAAACAUGGGUGCCAAGCGUGUAUGCGUCGUGACGGAUGGCAAUGUUUCCAAACUGGAUGCGAUGAAGCAGGUCAUUGAAGGGUUGACCAAGGAAGGGGUCGAGUUCACGGUUUACGACAAAUGUCGGGUGGAGCCCAAGGACAGCUCAAUCAAGGAUGCCAUUGCCUUUGCGAAACCGUACCAGCCGGACGCCUUUCUGGCAGUCGGCGGAGGAUCAGUCAUCGACACUGCCAAAUUGAUGAACCUGUACACUUGCUUUCCUGACGCGGACUUCCUGGACUUUGUCAACGCUCCCUUGGGCAAGGGGCUGCCCAUCACCAAGCCUUUGAAGCCGCUCGUUGCUGUACCGACCACCGCAGGCACAGGGUCUGAGACGACAGGCACCGCCAUCUUCGACCUGGUGGAGAAGCGCGCAAAGACCGGUAUUGCGCACCGCGCCCUCAAGCCCACGCUGGGCAUUUGCGACCCCCUCAACACUCGCACCAUGCCAUCGGCCGUGCAUGCGUCUUCUGGCCUAGACGUGCUGUGUCACUCUCUGGAGUCUUGGACCGCCAUCCCUUACUACGAGAGAUCGCCCAGGCCACCCAACCCGAUCAACCGACCUGCUUACCAGGGCGCCAACCCCAUCUCCGACAUCUUUUCACUGAAGGCACUCAAGUCUACAGUGCAGUAUCUACCGCGAGCGGCCAAAGACCCUGAAGAUCAUGAAGCACAGAGCGAGAUGCUCCUUGCGGCAACCCUGGCGGGCGUCGGAUUCGGAAAUGCCGGUGUACACUUGUGUCACGGCAUGAGCUAUCCCAUCAGCGGACAGAACCCGGGCUAUAAACAUGCGGGAUACCAAGUCGAGACACCAAUUAUUCCCCAUGGCGUCAGCGUGGCGGUGACUGCACCUGCCGUGUUCCGAUUCACUGGGCCAAGCAAUCCCGACCGCCACCUGGCUGCGGCGGAGUGUUUUGGCAAGGAUAUCUCAAAUGUGAAGAAGGAGAGUGCCGGUGAAGUUCUCAGUGAAGCCUUGGCGGAGUUCCUUAUCAAGCUGGGAGAUCAACCUCGUGGCAUCAAGCAGUUGGGUUUCACGAAGGAGAGCAUUGACGAUCUGGUGGAGGGCACACUGCCCCAGAAGCGAGUUCUAAUGUUGGCACCGAAUUUGAGCGAGGAGGUCAACCAGGAGAGAGAGCAGUUGAGGGGCCUGUUCGAGGAAGCGCUGGAAUACUAA